AUGUCUCACAAUGCCUUUACCCUAUUUGUAGCCACUGCCUGGGCACCUCAUGCGGUCCCCGACCUCGAGGAUUGGGUCCGAAAAUUAGCUGCCAUCUCCUCCUACGAUGAGCGUAAAUGGCGUGAAUUAUCGAGGGGAAAGUGGGAGGCCAAACAUCAUGGUAUCGGAGAUGUGUCCGAAAUGAGGCCGGCUCCGCCCGAGGAAAUGAGUGCGCCCUCGAUUUCAAAAUCAGGGAAGGACAAUAAAAGAAAGAGGGCUUCGAAGCCCGAAGAAUCCCAAGACGAGGUGGCGCCUGCUCGGAAAUCGAGGAAAAAACUCACUCGUGUGGACCCGGAUUCGGCCAUCCAAUACCCGGAGGUUGAAGAGAACGACGGUGGAGAAUCAACGAUUGUACCCCGAACUGGGAAACCAAUCGAGGCCGCCAAACCCUCCGAACUAGAGAUCACACCCCGUGGUGAGGGAACCCCUAAGAAAGAUUUAGGCAAGGCCCCCGUGCUCCCGGAGAUUGAGAUCGUUCCUCUGCCUUCGAUAAAUAUACCCGAAGGGGAGAGUGAGGGAACCCUCGAAUCCAAUCAGAACGCCCCGAGUGAAGAGCUCGGGGCCAUGACAACGGGUCACUCCCUUUCUCUACCAUCUUAUUCUGAGGAGGCAAUCGAAGAUUCUAACGCUCUGCGUAUGCCCGAUCCGAGCAAGGUCCUCGGGGAAGAUCCCUUUCAUGGUUGCUAUGCUGGGAUUGAGGAUACCAGCGACCUUAAUGAUGGAUCCACCAUCUUCAAAGAGGCCAUCGUCAAAUUUAGUGCCGAGCUGAGCCAAUGUGAGGCCGAGCUUAGGAAAGUUUGUGGCGAAGAGGAGGCCCUGAGGCUCCUCUGUAACCAAAAGGAAGAAGAGCUUAGGGACUUCCGGGCUGAAUUGGCCAAAGCUCAGAAAAACGAGGCCGAGUUAGAUGAGCAGUUGCAGCAAAAGUUGGAGAUGAUUGGGCAGCUCCGGGGCGAAGUUGAUCAAGUUAAGGCUGAUUGCCAUAGGAAAAUCGAGGAGUUAGAGGCGGAGCUUGCUGGAGCACAGGCUGAAGCUGCGAGAGCUAAGGCUGAAGUUGAGAAGACGAGGGCCACGGCUGAUAAGGCCAUUGCCGUGUACUUAAGAGAUGUCGCAGCUAUUGAAGCGGAGCUGAGGGAGGCCUCUGAUCGGGAAAGACGGAGCAAUGAUUUGGCCAAGUGGCAAGCCCGGAGGGAGACUCUUGAAGAAAUCCACGCCCAAGGGUUUGACCUCACUGAGGAGAUAGCCGAAGCAAAGGUGCAGGAAACCGAUGCCAGGUUUCUCGUCUCUUCAGAUGACAUAGAUGUUGUGAGUGGCUCUGAGUGCGGGGAAGGUGAGGAAGGUGUUACCGAGGAGGAGGAGGCUCUCGAAAAUAGGGCCUCCGAGGGUGCGGUUCCCGAGGAAGCUGCUUCCGGGGACGUAACCCCAAAAUAG